GUCUUGGGAUUUUGCAGGAUAUUUGGGAAUGAUUGGGGAUUUUGAGGUGUCAUGGGGGGAAAUGUUAGGAUUGCGUAGGAUAUUUUGUAAUGUACAGGGAUUUUGAAGGAUAGCGUGUACAGAAUAUGGUCAGAUGUGGAUAGUUCCAGUUGCUCCAGAGCUGUUAUUCUUUCUUGCGCAAAUUGUCAAAGGAGUCAUGGAGAGGAAUCGAAUUUUGGCGGGAAACGGCGCCAUAUUGUAAACCGAAGUAAACAAAAAAAUAUUUGUGAAUAUGACUUUCUUUUUUCUUGAAAAUGUAGUUUUGAUUGGCAAAUUCUUAAGAUAAGUUUUAAAAUGGAAGAUUGGGAAGCUCUUGCUUACGAAGAUGAUUUUGAAAGUCGCUAUGCUGACGAACUGGAAUUGUUGAAUGAACUUGACGGUCAGUUAUUAAUACAAUUUUAUUUAAAAAUUAUAAAAAUACUUAUUGUCUUUAAUAUUCACAUGAAAAAUAAAUCAUAAAAAUUCUUUUUACUUGACCAUUGAAAAUGUUCGUAUUGUAUUUAAAUGUUUAUAGAAUAAUGUAUUCACUUCAGCAAUGUAAUAACCAAAACUGUUUUGAUAUAAACAUAACUAAAGUUUGGGGGCUAAUGGAGUAUUGGAGUUAAUAAUGUGUGAUUAAGGGUCCUACUAAAGAAUGCCCGGGAACGCCCGGGGAGAUUCGUUGAAUGCCCGGGAAUGCCCGGGAGUUGGGAAAGAAUGCCCGGGGGAAAUUACGUUCAUAAUUACGUUAGUUUAUACUAAUAAAAUCACUUAUUUUAUGAAAGAUUAAAUAAUUCUUGUAAUAUAUGGCAUUGCAAAGUACUGUUCACGGAAUGUCCGGCUGUCACAAAAGAAUGCCCGGGAGUCGAAAAUGAAUGCCCGCGGUAAAAUUACGCAAGUAAUUACGAUAGUUAUAAAUGAUAACAUUAACAAGUCUUUUAUUUUUCAAUGAAAGUUUCUUGUAAUAUAUGGCAUUGCAAAAACUAUUCACAGAAAUUAUUUAUUUGGCUUUGUAAUGCUAAAUAAUAAUGAAGAAACAUCUUUUUACACUACCGAAAAUAUAUUUCACUGAUAGUGAUAUAUUCUGAGUAGAUUUGAUAAAGACAGCGGUACGUAAUUUUCCCCAGGCAUUCUGUGAAUAGUUUUUGCAAUGCCAUAUAUUACAAGAAACUUUCAUUAAAAAAUAAAAGACUUGUUAAUGUUAUCAUUAACUAUCGUAAUUACUUGCGUAAUUUUACCGCGGGCAUUCAUUUUCGACUCCCGGGCAUUCUUUUGUGACAGCCGGACAUUCCGUGAACAGUACUUUGCAAUGCCAUAUAUUACAAGAAUUAUUUCAUCUUUCAUAAAAUAAGUGAUUUUAUUAGUAUAAACUAACGUAAUUAUGAACUUAAUUUUCCCCGAGUAUUCUUUCCCAACUCCCGAGCAUUCCCGGGCAUUCAACGAAUCUCCCCGGGCGUUCCCGGGCAUUCUUUAGUAGGACCGUGUGAUUAAUCCUUUGAGUGCCAGCACUUUCUUCUUGACGAGAAAAAUCAUCUGGCAGUAGAUAGAGUAAAAUAAUAAAGUUGGGGACAUGGUACAAUGCAUCUUAAUGGGUUAAAGAUGCUGUAAAAUCCGUAAUGUAAACAAAUGCUUUGUUUACAUUUUGAACUCAGUGCUACAGUUGUAAUGCACCUAUCAAUAUUAAUCCCGGGGGCAAGGGUGCGGGCAAUGGGUGGGGAUUUGACAAAAAAAUUAAAAAAUGGGUCAAAUGCCCGCUGGUGGGGCAUUCUAAGAUAAUCAAGUGUUUCAAAACAGACGCACCCAGGGGAUAGAUCGAGGCAACAAAAGAGCCACAAAAAGCGUCUGGGCAUCGUAAAUUUUAGCCCCAGAAUCCAGACUGUGUACUGUAUUCAAAUUCCAAAAGGCCAGAAAAGACAGAAGCGGAUGCGGAAAUAAACAUUUAAUAGUUUCUGGACUUCCGGUUUUCUCGAUUCUAGCCUCCAGGCUUCGUACUGAAAUCGCAUGACAAAUCGCCCGCACCCGGGGGAAAGAUCUUUGUCAAAUGCUCGUCUGUGGGGAUAGAAUUCACGGUCAAAUCCCUACCCACUGCCCGCACCCUUACCCCGGGAUUAAUAUUGAUAGUUGCAUAAAAUAUGAUUAGAUAUAUAUUAUACUGAAUUUUUAACACUCUUCUGGUUCGCUAUUCUUGUAAAUGAAUACAGACUAGAGAUUCAAUAAAUUGAAUUCAAGAAAGUUUGGAAGGUUCGAAAUAUUAAUAUCGGGGUUUGGGUCCCGACCAUUGGAAUUUAGGCCUGCACAGAACAUAAGCUCAGAACAGACUUUACAGCAUUUUUCAUUAAAGCCACUAAAUUUCACCUUAUACUGUAGAUGAUGACACUGUCAAACCCAGCCAUCCUAUACACAAUGGACCUCGAAAAAGCUUGGUAUUUCCCACUCCAGACAAGCCCGGGGAAACGAACACUGAACAACCUGGUUAUAAAAGCAGUGUCACCCAAGGAUUUAAACGUCGGAUCGAUGAAAUGUAUGCGCUUCUUUCAGAUGGGGAAGAAAGUGACAAUGAUUUAUUAGAUAAUUUUGAGAACACUGAGCUGAGCAGCCUGAGCUCAAACCAGGCUAAGCGAGCUCGAAUUAGCACUAGUCCAGAACUAAAUACAACAACAGAACGUCAUACAAGUAGUUCAAGAGAUAUUAGGCAAACAGUUAAUUCUUCAGUGCCCAAAACAGUCGUUAGGACAUGUCAAGUGUUAACGAGGCCUCCUAUUGGCAAGGAGUCUAUUUCAUUAACUGGUAGCGAUGGCGGAAGAAGAGUUUAUCUUCAUUUAAAUAAAGACGAGUCAUUAGAGUCCAAUAAGGUUGGUAGUGGUAAUGAUAUAAUUUAUCUGACCAUGAUAUGCAUAUAACAGUAGGUAAUUCUGAUGAAGUCGUCAGUCUGUUUAAGAACUAAUAAAUGUAUCUUAUCCUGCGUUGUCAACAUUCCAUAUCCCCGGAAACUGGGGUACUGGAAAUAUAGCCUGGGAAUAUAGCCUCAGAAGAAUUCCUGAAAUUUGCAGGUUUGUGUGCAUGAUCAAAGUACCUGAAAAUGUAGAGCAACCUUUUAACAGGUGAAGCCCCAUAAUUCCCUUGAAAUAUUGUUCAAACCUUUUUCUUUAUUUUUCAGAUAGUUGCAUCAUGUACUUCCAAAUUGUAUUUUUUAGUCUCUAAGCUUUAAAAUGAUUUUAGGAAACAGUUGUUGUUGAUAUGUUUGAUCAUCCUGAAAAAUACUAGCAAAGGAUACAAUAUAUACACAACGUUAAUUUUUUUCAGAUUGAUAAAAAGAAAUGUUUUGGCAGCAGAAGACCAGUGAAUCUUCUUGGAGUGCCUUUCUCUGUUAUCAAAGAAACAAUAUAUGAACAAGUAUAUAUAUUUUUGUAUAUAAGCAUGACAUAAUUGUUUAUGUAUUAGUGUAAUAUGAGUGGUUUCUAAUUCUGUUUAUUUGCCAUAAACUUUAUGAUCUGCAGAAACGAAUUAAACUUCUCGAAGAAUCCAAAAGACUUACAAAUUCUUUAAACAGGUACAAAGUUUUGUUGUAGUUUUUAAGGCAUUUCCACUGAGGAUAUGUACAAAACAACAACAACAACAACAACAAUUUAUUGGAAGCAUUGCCAUUUACAUAAAUGGUAUUGCUUACGACUACGUAACAAAAUAACAACAAAACUAUAUUAAAUUAACCCUAUGGCUAAAACAAUGCACUAUAUCGUCAAUAAGGCCCUUGAAGGGUAAAAUUUCUGGUGUUACGCAGAGUGAAAUAAGAAAGUAGGGUACAUUGAUAUUGCCACUUGAAGGGUGUGCCUGCUUAUGCAUUUUAACAAUGCCUGCCGACCACUGGAUUGUACUGGAUGACUCUAUGAAGCUAUGUUAUGUAAAGGGACAUGUAUUACAGCCAGUAAUAGUGAUUAAUUUAUAUGUUCAUGUGCAGUGCAUUAACUGAAGAGGUGAUGGAAAAUGAUGAUAUGACAGAACAAGAAGUCCCACAAGACACUGGUGCAAGCGAGAAAUCACUCUGGGUGGAUAAAUACUCCCCAAGGUCGUACAUGGAACUACUGAGUGAUGAUGUAAGUCAGGGCUUCAUGUACAGUACACACAUAAUAGUCUCACAACUUGUCAUGUGUUUGCAACACACUUGUAGCAAGCUUGUCACCAAGUUGUAACGUUGUUAUGUUAUCAAGUUGCUACAAGCUUGUCACUCGCAACUUGUUGACAAAUUGAUGAACUGCAGGACGAUAACAAGUUGUUUGAAUAACUUGUAACAAGACUGUUGAGCUCCCACAACGUUGUAGCAAGUUGUCAACAAGCCGUUGACAACUUGUUAACAAGCUGGGAACAAGCAGUUCAAACACAUCCUGUUGACAAGUUGUUGGAACAACAUUGCUACAAGUCUGUUGCAGGUUUGUUAUAACUUUUGCAUUUUUACAUAUGUAUAGGGCAUCAACAGAAACUUGCUGUCAUGGUUGAAACUCUGGGAUGGUGUUGUGUUUGGUAAGGAGAAAGUUAAGAAAAAGAAGGAAAAACCAGAACAAAAGAAGGAGAAAAAAUUUGGUUAUAAAGAGGAAGAUGAUGAUUGGAUGGUGAGAUUUGGUUUUGGAAAAAUUAUCACUUCCAAAUUAAUGCAAAGAAAGUUUGGAAUUGAUGUUUAAUUAAAUCAUUUAUUGAAAGUUUGAAACAAAGUUUUCUAAUCGUAUUUUAGGAAUUGGAUGCAACAGGGAGACCUGUCAACAAGGUUAGUUAUUCAUAAAUAUAAAGCCGGUUUUCCACUUGCGAAUUUUUUUGCGCGAAGCGAUUUUUUCAUUUGUCUUUGGUCUCUCAACUGGAACUAAUUGGAUAAAGAUAAAAGAAAAAUUUGCGGCGCGCACAAAAAAUUCGCAAGUGGAAAACCGGCUUAAGCCAGUUAAUGCAUGUUGAGAAGGCCAUAAUCUUGAACUGUCUUUGCCAGUGAAGGUAGUACCGAUAAUAACAAGCUUUCGUUGGUAGGGAUGCAACUACCUGAAAAAUAGAAGGAGAAAUUUAGGCUAUACUAGGGGAUAAUUUCAUGUGUGAAACUUUAGUAGUUAGGAAGGUGAUGACAGCUCUUUCUGCUCACAAUUUCCAUCCACACGUGACACGUAAAAACGCAAACGUUGUAACAAUCUUGCAGCAGACUUGUAGCAAUGUUGUUCCAACAACUUGUCAACAGCAUGUGUUCGCACUGCUUGUUCCCAGCUUGACGACAAGUUGUCAACGGCUUGUUGACAACUUGCUACAACGUUGUGGGAGCUCAACAGUCUUGUUACAAGUUAUUCAAACAACUUGUUAUCGUCCUGCAGUUCAUCAAUUUGUCAACAAGUUGCGAGUGACAAGCUUGUAGCAACUUGAUAACAUAACAGCAUUGUUACAACUUUUUGACAAGCUUGCUAGAAGCUUGUUGCAAACACAUCUUGUUGACAAGUUGUGAGACGUUUAUGUGUGUACCAUGGUCGUAUUCAGUUGAACGUAAUCCCCAAAGCAGUUUCUUCUGUAUUAUGCAUAGGUGGCAUUGUUAUGUGGUCCACCAGGUCUUGGUAAAACAACCCUGGCUCAUAUUGUGGCUCAACAUGCUGGUUACAGUGUCAUUGAAAUGAAUGCAAGGUACAGUAUGGUAGCAUGACUAUUUUCGUAACCUAACCUCUGAAAGGUGCCCUCAAAUUAGAUUAAAUUAGAUUCAAACACUCAUUAAUAAUUAAUGCGUAAGCUUAUUCGUAAAUAUGUGAACCAUUGCAACUGACGGAGCUACAGUACACAGUUUUCACGCACUCUCACCUCGUUUCAUCCCGGCUUUAGUUUAUUAUAAUCAUUCUUUCUUUUCUCUAAAGCGAUGAUCGUUCAGUCGAAGUAUUCAGAAACAAGAUCGAGUCAACCACUCAGAUGCAGUCUGUAUUGGACUCAGGAAAGAAACCAAACUGUUUGAUAAUCGAUGAGAUUGAUGGAGCUCCAACAGUUAGUGUUUCUUCUUGUUUUCGUGAUCUAAGAUCGCUAAUAAGUGACAAGAAUUUUACUAGGGUGGGCAUUCAGCAUUCCAUCUGGAGACAGGGACAUAGCCAGGAUUAGCAAUCUAUACCUGUCCAAAAGUGCUAGGCUAGUUCUGCCCCCCCCCCUCCCCUCCCCAAAUACGUUGUGUCCCUUGGGCUAAUUUUGUAAUCAGAUUAAAAUUGAACUCAAAACUGAAGAGCGAACAGUAUAGUUGACCUUACUAACAAAAUGGCUGAUGUUUUUGUUACAAUAAGCUUAAAAUACUAAAUAUUUGGAUAAUAUAUAAGGAUUUGUAACUUCUUUGCUUGUGGAUAUGUGUGAAGGGUGGAUAUUAUUUUUUCUUUCAGCCAGCAAUAAAUGUUUUACUCUCUGCGAUAAAGAAGAAAGAUUCAGGUAAUGACUUUAUCAUUAUCAAUAUAAUUACUUGGUUGAAUUUCUCUGAAAUAUUUUAGUUUCUAAGAAACGUUUUCAGAAAAGUUAGUCAUAAUGUAAAUUUAAGUUCCAUAUAUACACUGUGAAAACUAACGAUUCUUUUCAGAACCCGGUGGUCAACAGAAGAAGAAAAAACAAAAGAAACAAGGAAUUCUGUCUCGUCCAAUUAUAUGCAUUUGUAAUGAUCCGUAAGUUUUGGCUACUACGUCGAAAUAGACCUUUGCAUAAAUUCCAGCUUAUUGAUCGAGUAGGAUGAAAAACUCCUCAUCAAAUUCACCAUUUUUUUGGUUUUGGAAAAGCAAUUUCAAGAACAAGAGUAAAAUAGAAAACGAGAUUGACGGCUGCGAUGUGAAGGAGAUACAACUACCAGAACAUAUAAACAGAAUUUCGACGUUUCGAGCGAGGGCCCUUCAUCGGGGAGUUAGGCCUGCCGUACACGAGAGCAACUUGUUGAGCUAACCGCCUCGCGUGGCAGCUAGCUCAGCAAGUCUCUCUCGUAUGCGGAUAGUUUUCGUGAGGAUAAAAACACCGUAGAACUCCGUUUUUGCAAUAUUUAAACUGAGCUUAUUUGUAAUAAGCCAGCUUUUAAGACGCUUUGAUACUAAUGACACUUUGGAGCUCUUUCAGAGAAUCAGCUGCAAAGCUUACAUUCGCAUCGUCUGCAAACAUUCUAGGAGUGGCGUGGUGGAGGCAAUUUGGCAGGUCAUUAAUAUAGAUAAAGAACAGCAACGGACCCAAAUUACUCCCUUGUGUGAUACCACACGUUACUGACGUCGGACCUGAUAGCCGAUCAUUAACUUUGCAUUUUUGUGUUCUGCCAGUUCUGGUUAACGGUAACACCGUGAUCCAUGACCAAAGCUUGAUGAGCACAAUCCCCCCCCCCUUCCCCCACCACCUCACUACUUCCCCCACCCUUCUCCCACGUACCAGAUCUGGCUAGAUCUAGACGAUCCCUGUGAUAAGCGUCUGGGUAAAACCUAAUCUAAUAUCUUCGUUCCGGCUCCGCAGGCUUGCUCUCGAUUCUUUAAUGAAAAAGCACCACUACGUUGGUAAAUAUAUUAUUUCUUGUCCAUACAGAUAUGUUCCUGCAUUGAGAUUACUGCGCCAGCAAGCAUUUGUGCUCACCUUUCCAGCAACUAUCCCAGGACGACUUGCUCAGCGACUCAUGGAGGUAUUUGUCUCAUUCCAUCACAGCUUCAGAUCACGGGCGUAGCCAGACACAAACGGGUUUUUUUUGGGGGGUGGUCUAAUCUAUGCCUCUGCUUUACAGUAGAUCUACCGUAUAAGUCCUUUGUAUUAAUGCCAAAGUCAAACAAUGAAUGACUACCGUGAAUCAGUAAGGGUGCCUUUUAAAACCUGUGGAUUCUGGGUAGUGAUUGACUGAAUGUCAUGGAGCCAGCAAAUUAAGUUAUGUGUCAUGCAUAAAUUAUAGAAUGCGCUAAUUACGCAUUCAGUUCACUCGGCCCGGCAAAGCGAGACAAGAUUUUUCUAAUUUCUCAUCCAAUUUUUAUCCAAAUUUAAUCAACCUUUGAGUCAACUAAAACUGUCUCCAAUGCAGCUCUGUUAUACAAAGAGGCACGCUUAAUCCAAGUGGGUCAUCAUAGGCAUACGAGGCAGAGUGCAUGGGAGGCAACCCCCCCCCCCCCACUCCUUACAAAUUCGGGUACACUUUCAAGACACCCCCCCCCCCUCCCCCCUCAGAAAGGAUCAGCCCGUAGGCUUACAUGCGUUAUGUAAUAUACUCUACAAUAUGCAUUCAAGGUUUCUAAGAAAGAGUUGUUUCAAACGGAUAUGACCACACUUCUGGCGUUAUGUGAGAAAACAGAGAAUGAUAUUCGCUCUUGUCUUAAUACAUUGCAGGUACACAACUAGUCAGUUUGUUAUUCCAGUACAGACUGUAAAGUAUAUGCGGGGAGAGAGAAUCUGCUCAUGAUUUCUUUUGCGUUUUCUUCAUGAAUAGACCUUACUGACGGCCUCGUUUCCAAGUUAACUUAUUUUAGCAUGUCAGGGUAAAGAUUAUAUUCCCAUGUUUUCCUGGACGAAUUUGUUUCUUGCUGUUCUUAGGCUCAAUAACAAAAGCAAUUUUCAACCCUACUAAGCACAAAACAUGAGUAAGUAUUUGACAUGAAAACGAGGCCAUUGUAUGAAAAGUGAAUAAACGAUAAGGUUUAUUAUUAACUUAUUCUACAAUUUCAGUUCCUCAGACAAAAGCGACAAAACUUGACCGUCGACUACAUCCAAUCGGCAACCAUCGGUCAGAAAGACACCCAGAAAACUCUGUUCUCGUUGUGGCAAGCUAUAUUUCGGCUUCCUCGUCCCAAGAAGAAGCGUUUUGCGUUGUUGGCCAAACCGCUGGACGAUCCAGCGCCCAUGUUAGCGGAGUUUAAUAUCGAUGAUCCAACGAAACAUCCGGACCUUACCAGUUCCGCUGCGAGGUUCUAUAAUAUGCUUCAUUUGGCUUCCUCGAAUGGACAGUAUAAGAAGCUUGAGAAUGGUAGGCCAUGCCUGUAUAUUUAGUUUUUUGCAGGUAGCCAAAAAAUAUUUCAGUUAGCCCUGCAUGGUCCAAACUUGGCCGCUUCCCUUGAAGCUUGCAAAAAGGGACCAGGCACCAAAGAAAUUUCUUUGAGUUGUGUUUCAUAUUGUCAAAAUUGAGUGUCCGCUAAUUUGCUCAAACCAACAGAACAGAAAAUUUUAAGUUUGCCAUACACUAUUAUACACUAUUGCACUAUUAAGAUGGAUGCAGUUAUAAUUGCAUUUCUGAGCUCAUACCUAGAGUACAGGUAACAUUCUUUCUAUUGGUUAGAAUUCCCCCCCCCCCUGAAUUUUUCCUCUUAUCUAAAUUUUUGCAAGUGUAUUUUUUCUAUCUUGGGAAAUAAUUCUGGCGACUCAAAAUUUUCUGGAACCAAUGACAAUGGUCUCGUGGUCCGAUACUUUCUCCACCCCUGCUCGUUGGAAGAUAAAAAGCUAACCUGAGAUUUUGUCUAUAUUUUCAGGCAUUUUCGAAAACUACCUGAAUAUGAAGUUCAAGGAUGCUUAUUUAAAUCAGGUAUAAAAUAGUAGAACUGAUAAUGCUAUUCAUACAGAUAAAGAUAGUUUAAUUAAACGAUCGUCCUGUAGUGUAUAAUUUAACACUGACCAAUAAAGGAUCGAUCUUUCUUAAUAGACCUCCGGAAAGAACAGUUUAGAACUGAUCAAGGACGGAUUUUCAUUUUUUAAAAGGAGGGCUGAAAUAUUUCUAGUGGGGUACAAGCGGCACCACUGAGCGAGCUUCGGCGGGGGUUAGGCGUUAGGGUUAAAGACUUUCACACAAAAUAGGAGGAGUGAAGUGACAUUUUGGUGGGGUUGAACACCUUAUAAGAGGGUUAUAGAGAUUCUAUGGGGGGUUAAGAACCCCCCCCCCCCCGCAGUAAAUUCGCCCAUGGAACUGAUAGAAAACAGAUAAUAUUUAUUAUUGCAGUAAUAAAUUUACGUGGUGUUUCCACAAACAAAAAGUAUUGUAUGAUAGAAAACAGUAAAACGAAGUUAGUUCAAUGAUUUUGUUCGUUGUAGGUUGUUUCUGCAACGGAAUGGUUACAAUUCACCGACCUGGUAUCACAAUGUCUUCUGCAGCAACAGAGUUUCGUUCUAAUGCGGUAUCAGCCCUUUCUGUCCGUUGCAUUUCACAUGUUCUUCGCUGCACCUUCGCAGCCAAAACUAAGUUACCCAAGCAUUGGUUACGAGGUAAAGAACUUUUUUGAAAAAUAUGAAGGCAUCAUACACUAAAACCCGUUUUCCACUAGGCGAAUUUGUUCGCGCGAACAGUAAAAAGUAGGAACCGAUCCAACUUUCUCGCGGCGAAUUUUUUCGCUGACCAAUCACAUUGCCAAGAUUUGUUUUUCGCGCGAACAAAUCUGAAAACCCCCAGCCUGAAAUCACCGACCCUGCAAAGCAACACUCUGUUUUUAAAUAGCAAAACUCCGUUUUUAAAUAGCAAAACACCCUUUUCAAAUAGCAAAACACCCUUUUCAAAUAACAAAACACCCUUUUCAAAUAGCAAAACUCCCUUUUCAAAUAGCAAAACACCCUUUUCAAAUAACAAAACACCCUUUUCAAAUAGCAAACUCCCUUUUCAAAUAGCAAAACACCCUUUUCAAAUAGCAAAACACCCUUUUCAAAUAGCCAAACACCCUUUUCAAAUAGCAAAACACCCUUUUCAAAUAGCAAAACACCCUUUUCAAAUAGCAAAACACCCUUUUCAAAUAGCAAAACACCCUUUUCAAAUAACAAAACACCCUUUUCAAAUAGCAAAACUCCCUUUUCAAAUAGCAAAACACCCUUUUCAAAUAGCAAAACACCCUUUUCAAAUAGCAAAACUCCCUUUUCAAAUAGCAAAACUCCGUUUGCUACCUCGUAGUCUGAACAUACUUUAUGAACCUUAUUUUAAAGACUAAGUACACAUUGAGUACUGAGUUUGUUCUAGAGCAAGUACGCAGCAACAACCAUUGGCGUACCAGUCAGGUACGACUAGAAAUCUUGAACGACCCUGAAAAUUCUCUAAAGAAUUACCAUAUUAUUUUGUUUAGAACACACUAAAAGAGACAAAGACUCAGAAUAUUGUGUCGUCGAUGUUGAGUGAUGUAUCGCCACAACUGCGAGGAAAUUUAGAUCUUCGAACGAUUACCGUGGAAUUACUGCCUCUUCUGUUGAAUAUUGUCACACCAACACUUCGUCCUGUAAGCAUUUAUACUCGACUUUAUCCAUGGGCGUACUGGAGCAAAAACUUAGGGGGGGGAUUAACGUCGCGCGGGGCCCGUGGCAGAUUUUCAGCGCGAGGCCCCCAACCCCCCCCCCCCCCCUCGCUAUGAAAAAAUGCGCGAGGUCCCUAAAUUCGCGAGGCAUCUAAAUUCGCGAGGCACCUAAAAUGGGCGUGUCCCAAUAGAAAAUGGGCGUGUUCUCGUAAAAAUGGGCGUGGCACAGUAAAGCGCGAGGCCCCCAUAAGCGCGAGGCCCGCGGCAUAUACCGCAUCUGCCACGUGGUUAAUCCGACCCUGGGGGGGAGGGUCAUACCCAUUGAACUAUACUGUAAAUAAACUGGAAGGCUAACUCGGGGGGAAAUUGAAGCCAGUGCAUUUUAGUUUUUCUGAGUUAUGAGCAGAAAUACUCAACGCUGAACGUUGUGCUGUAUAUGAAAUGAAGCUAUUGAAAAACACUAUUUGGUGUAGAAAUUUCAAGACUUUAGCUAAAAGGGAAAUGUUGAAAAACUACAAAAAUAAUUGCCGAUAAUUUGCCAUUUUCCAGUUGUUUUUGUAUUUUUUAAAUAUUUUUCUUUUCGCUGAAGUCUUGAAAUUUCGACACCGAAUAGCAAUUUUCAAUAGCUUCAAUUUGAUAUAUAGCCCAACGUUUGGGAUCAAGUAUUUCUGCUCAUAACUCAGAAAAAUUAUUUUGGCUUCAUCAAAUCAUAGGCCUUCAUCAUAGCAGUUAUCCUUCCAGUUUAUUUAUAGUUCAAUCGUCAUACCGUCAUAAACAAAAAUUGGGGGGGGGGGCGGGGGAGGUUAGGGCUCGCCGUUUUCAAGGCAUAAACUAAAUAUUAUUUUGAUACGCGUCACGCUUCCUUAUAAACGAUUUUUUAGUGGAAUCUUCCCGACUUAAAAAUGAUUGGGGAGCUGCAGCCCCCAGCCCCCUGAAAAUGAAAUUUGUCUUGACCAAACUGAAAAAAAUCAUCUUGACAGUAGUCAUAACAUUUUGAUUAAGAAUAAUUUGAAAAUUGAAAUGAAAAAUAUGGCGCUCGCUUCCAACUGAAAUUUUUAUUUCCCAAAACGAAAUUUUUCUUUUUCUACUGGCAACAAGUUGUAACAAACCUGCAGCAGACUUGUAGCAAUGCUGUUCCAACAACAGGAUGUGUUCGCACUGCUUGUUUCAACCUUGUUGACAAGUUGCCAACGACUUGUUGAGCUCAACAGACUUGUUAUAAGUUGUUCCAACAACUUGUCAACAGAAUGUGUUCGCACUGCUUAUUGGCAAGUUGUCAACGGCUUGUUGACAACUUGCUACAGGGUUGUUGAGCUCAACGGAUGCACUUUUGUGAUUAUAAUGUAACCUCCAUCUUACAUGUGGAAGAAUGCUUCAAGUGUGACCAGUGCAGAUGCAUGACACAAUAAAUCUUAUUAAUAUUUACUCUAAAUACUCGCGAUUUAUUUCGUAUUAAUAUCUUAUUUGAAGGUUAACAUGCAGCUGUUCAGUCCAAGUGAAAAACAACAGAUGGUCGAUCUUAUCAACACUAUGAUCUCGUACAAUCUCACAUAUCAUCAGGAGAGGAACAUCGAGGGACAAUACAGUUAUACCUUGGAUCCGUAUGUACAGUAUCUUUAUACACGGUGUCUCAAAAAAGUGAACUUUUAAAAAUCACUCUAUUAUAAUCGAUUUAAAACACUCGCAGUCCGUAUUUUAUCAGAUAUAAAACACCCCAGCUCUGCUCUCGUGUUAUAUCUGAUAUGCAAUUUUUGUGUUUUAUGUUUGAUAGGCUAUGCGCCCUUAAUAAAUAAUCCUUUUUAUAUUUCACCUAGUAAAAUUGAAGAUGUGGUAAAGUUUCCUGGCUUGCCUCAGCAUAAACAAUUGACAUAUGCUACGAAACAGUUAAUUGCCAGAGAGGUUUGUUAGAUGUUCAAUUCAUUUUAGCAACCCCAUUUAAGCCUUGCUCAAACAGGGAUGAGAGUUGAGAAGCGAGAGUUUGCAUGAGAUUUCUGCUAAACACUCUGAUUACAUGCAUUGACACCAUUUUUACCAUCGAAACUUACAAGUUAAUUGUUACAGGUCUGCAAACAAGUUGUUACAAAUCUGUUCACAAGCUGUCGACAAGUUGUGUUCGCACUGCUUUUUCCCAGUUGUUGCAACAAGUUUGGAACAAGCUGUUAACAACUUGCAACAGGCUUGAUGGCAUUAUCAGACUUGUAGCAAAGUUGUUCUAACAAGUCUGAUACAGUCAUGACAUAACAAGAAUGUUACAAGGUUGAUGACACAAGAGUUGUAACAAUAUUGUUAUCAGUAUCAUGACUGAAUCGGACUUGUUGAAGCAACCUUGCAACAAGUCUGAUAAUAUCAACAAGGUUGUUACAAGUUGUUAGCAGUUUGUUCCAAAUUUGUUGACAACUUGGGACAGGCAGUGCGAACACAACUUGUUGACGGCUUGUCAGCAGACUUGUUACAAGAUGUCAGAUCUUUACGUGCAUAGUGUAAAACAGCCUUUAAGAUGAGAUGUCCGAGUGUUGAUUCGUACCUCACACGUGAUAUUUUUCAAGGCAGAAAUUUUAGCGUACCUAGCUAGUGGGUGUACCUUAGGGCUAAUUUCCACUCGGGAAAAUUAUCCGUGGAUUGGAACGGACAAGAAAAUUCCAAUCCACGUAUAAUCCAAUUCCAAUCCAUUCCAAUCCACGGAUAAUUUUCCUGAGUGGAAAUUAGCCUUUACUCGUCAAGGGGAGAGUGUUUCCUGCACUCAAUGGGUUAAUGUAUUUAAAAAUGGGAUUUGAUCAUUAAUGUAGAUCGAUUUGGAGAAAAUGCGAAUGAUGGAGAAACUGAUACUACGGAACUCCUCGUAAGUUCUAGAACGGUUCAAAGUUCUUAUUGGUAACUACUUUUUCAUUAUGUAUUUUCGGAACUUUCUUCAUUCAUUUCAUUUGUUACCAAAUGACAAUUUUCCAGCAAAAAUGAAGAACCGAAUGAAAUUGAAAAUAAAGAUAAGAAACCUGUUCAGUCAGCUGGUCAAUCAAGUCCUGUGGUUUUAAAUCUCAAACCGAAAGAAAUAAAACCAAGAAAAGAAAAAGUACCGGUAUGAUUAAGGGACCAGUCAUUAUUUGUGUGGGGUUGUUGACGUUGUUUCAACGUUGAAAUUUGGUAGAAAAAAGGUUGCGACGUCGACAACCUAAUAUCUACGUUGCUCUGACGUUGUUUUACAAACAUUGGUUCAACAGCAGCCAACAGACGUUGAAUUAACGUACAUUUAUGGUUAAAUGUACGACGCCGAUUUGUGAACCAAUCUCAACGUUGUUUUAACGUGGAUUCAACGUUGAAUUAUGGUUGACGAGAUUGGCAACCUAAUUUCAACGUCGAAACAGUAACGUCGAUCCAAUUUGCAUAGUCAACCCUUUUUCAACGUCUAUCCAACGUCUGGAAGGUCAUUUCCAACGUUGAUUCAACGUUGGAUAAACGUCAUUUUGCCCGCUGGGGUGCAAGUUGCAUCGUCUAAAGCCUAGUUUACACUAUCAAAGUUUCUGUGAUCACAGUAGGAAUUUUGCAUGGGUAAAGUAUGAAGACAUUUUUGAGGGAAGUGAAUCAUUGAAACACUGAGUCAGUUCCCUCAAACAUUUCUUAUAAAUUCUUACCUAUAAAUUCUUACCUUUGCAAAAUUCCUACUGUGAUCACAGAAACUUUGAUAGUGUAAACCAGUCUUUAUUUAUCAACCAUUACUUCAGGAGGAAACCAGACUACCAGAAGAGAGCCACCACGUUUGGUAGACCCAACCUUUCCAGUACUUUUUGUAUUUUUUUUUUUGGCUUAUAGCAAGCAAAGGACUUUUUUGGACGCCCUAUUGUUACCAAAGAACAUUAUGGUAGGUACAGAAC